AUGGGUCGAGUCAUCAGAAAUCAGCGAAAGGGUCGCGGCUCUAUAUUCACCGCACACACCAGAUUGAACAAAGCUCCUGCCAAGUUCCGACAGCUCGAUUAUGCCGAAGCCCACGGGUACCUCCGAGGCAUAGUAAAGGAGAUUAUCCAUGAUCCCGGCCGUGGGGCUCCCCUCGCACGAGUUCAAUUCCGCAGUCCUUACAAAUUCAAGGACCGAACCGAGACAUUCAUCGCAAACGAAGGCUUGUACACUGGUCAAUUCAUCUACGCUGGAAAGAACGCCGCCCUGACGGUCGGAAACAUCCUCCCAGUCGGACAACUCCCCGAGGGUACGGUGGUGUCGAAUGUGGAAGAGAAGACUGGUGAUCGAGGUGCUUUGGGACGAACAUCUGGCAACUAUGUCACAGUGAUUGGACACAACCCCGACGAGGGAAAGACUCGAGUCAAGCUUCCCAGUGGCGCGAAGAAAGUCAUUCUCAGCUCAGCCAGAGGAAUGGUCGGGAUCGUGGCAGGUGGUGGUCGUACAGACAAGCCAAUGUUGAAGGCAUCACGCGCAAAGCACAAGUUCGCCGUCAAGCGGAACUCCUGGCCCAAGACUCGUGGUGUUGCUAUGAACCCUGUCGACCAUCCUCACGGUGGUGGUAACCAUCAGCACAUCGGUAAAGCCUCCACCAUCUCCAGAUACGCUGCUCAAGGUCAAAAGGCCGGUCUCAUUGCUGCCAGAAGAACUGGUCUCCUUCGUGGUACUCAGAAGACAAAGGACUAG